CCAUUUGCCAGCGCUGGCUUGGCGGUUUCAAUACCGCCGGCCAGGAACAGGAUGGGAAGGUUGAUACCUGACCAUGUGUUUACCUCGAGGGCCAAGCCUCGUGAUGCAUGUUGUAUAAGUAUGCCCGCCAUGUCUCUGUUUUGAGAAUCACCAGGUCGCUUUCCCUUCAGCUACAAGAUACCUGCUCCAGUCACUCACUCCAAAGAAUUCUUUCGGUCAAUCCUCACAAUGAAGUCCUUCUUCGCUCUCGCCCUUCCCGCCCUUGCCCUCGCGGCACCAGUUCCCCAGGAAGAUGAAAUGAGCGUUCAGAUCGUCGGCGGUGUCCCAGCUGUUGCUGGUGACGCCCCCUUCAUUGUCGCCAUCUCCCGCAGCGGAAACGCUCACUGCGGAGGUUCUUUGAUUGAUUCUACUACGGUUGUCACCGCUGCUCACUGCACGCAACCCUACGCCGUCAACACCCUCACCAUCCGCGCAGGAUCUCUGCAACGCACUUCCGGUGGAGUCACCUCCAACGUUGCUUCCAAGAGGGUUCACCCCAACUACAACGCCAACACGUACGAGAACGACAUUGCGGUCAUCAAGCUCAGCACCCCCAUUCCCGAGAGCGACACCAUCAAGUACGCCAAGCUCGCAGCUUCCGGCAGCGACCCUGCUGCUGGUACCACCCUUACCGUCGCCGGCUGGGGAUCCACCCGCUCGGGCGGCUCUGCCACGACCGAACUUCGCAAGGUUGACGUUCCCGUCGUUGCCCGCGCUACGUGCGACUCCAACUACCAACCCGAGGGAUUGAGCGUCACCAGCGACAUGUUCUGCGCUGCUCCCAGCGGCGGAGGCAAGGACUCUUGCCAGGGUGACAGCGGAGGCCCAAUCUUCGACUCGAGCAAGACGUUGGUCGGAACCGUCUCCUGGGGUAUUGGCUGCGCUCAGGCCGGCUAUCCCGGUGUCUACGCUCGCGUUGGCGCUCAGAUUCCCUUCAUCACCGGCUCUUAG